AUACUCAUUCUCUUUCUUCCUUUGUCCCAAAUAAAUAAAUCUCAAAACUCAUCCUCCUCUCCUCUGUUAUACUUUCUCUUCCUCUGCUUUUCUUACUCUGUUUCCGCUCCAACAUAUAUUGUAUCUGCCUCUCUUCUAAGUUAGAUUCAGUAUUGGAGAAAUGUAUGCUGAAACUGGUCUUCUCUUCCCAUAUUUGCACAACCUCUCUCAAGAGCUUCACCAGCUUGAGGAGUACUGCAAAACCCAGAAGUACAAUGCUCCAAUGGAUGAGCUUGUUCAGUGUUCUGCCAUGUCAGAGUAUGAUUUGGCAGCAGAGGGAGAUCUGUUCAAAGCUCCUGAACCUAUUAUUGAAGAGCCAAUCAUGGACCUGGAUCCCAUGACCAUCUCAAUGAUGUCUUGUGGGGAAGAUGUUUCCUCUCAGGGACUAAAAUCCACUGAUAUUGAUAUUCUUCAGAAUGAUCAAUUUCUGAGUGAGGUAUUCUAUGAAUGCAAAAAGGAUCUCUUAGAAAAGGCUGCAAUAGAGUCACCACUCUCUGAGAUUCUGGAAAUCAAGGUUCCUCUUCUGAACAUUGAUGAAAACUCAAUUCAAGAAAACAAGUCACUUCCUGACAUGCAGUUGGGAAAGAGUGUCAGUUCAGGAAGUUUAAGCUCAAUGGAAUGGAUUCGUGGAGCUGCAAUGAAGCCUGCUUUCAUUGAUAUCCCUGCAAUGGAUUUCAAUGCAGUUUAUGGCAUGCGAAGAUCGUUUAGUGAAGGAGAUAUAAAGACUCUGGGUAACGGAAACAUGAACAUUGUUCAAUCACCCGUUGAGAGGCCCUUUCUCAUCUGCAACUGCACCAGUGAGGAACGCUUCCAAAAGCUCUCCAGGUACAGGAAUAAGAGGACAAAGAGGAACUUUGGGAGGAAAAUCAAGUAUGCAUGCAGGAAGGCUCUUGCUGACAGUCAACCAAGAAUCCGUGGAAGAUUUGCAAGAAGUGAAGAAUGUGAGAGCAAGAGGGAAUGAAUGAAUGACUUAAUAACUGAUAUAGUAGUAGGAAGAAGGUAGAGUGAAGUAGCUAUAUCUGAUCAAACUCAGAAGUAGUAAUUAUGUGAUUAGAGCUUAUUGUAUGUUUGAGCAGAUAUUUGCUGAAUAAAGCAGACCCCAAACUUCUUAGGGUAGUUCAUCUCUUUAUCUAUUCUAUCAUCGUCUCUGUACACGGGAAUUACCUUCCACAUAUGUAAAUAGGUUUGUUCAAUAAUGGAAAGAAAAAGAAAAUA